CUCUUCCUAUGAUUCUAUCGUUCUGCGUAAAAGCACAGACCUAUUUUCACGCGUUGUGUCCGAUCCAGAAGGGAAGAAAAAAUUUAGGGUUUGCAUUUGGUUGAUUUCUUCGAUUCGAUUCUCUCUACCGAAUUUUGAGGGUUUUCAAUCUUCAUCUUUGGGGGGAAAAAAAGAGAUAUAAAGUAAAGGGAACAUCUUCGAGGUUUUGAUUAUUGCUUUUUUAGUGGCAAGUUACAAGCUAUUUUGGUUUUAGGACGUGAUACAUUGCAAUUAUGAGUGCAUCAUGGGCAGAUGUUGCUGAAUCAGAGAAGGUGGUCUCUGGGUCCUCUAGUCGCAAUUCUCAGCCAUCACGACCUGCUUAUGUUCCUCCACAUCUACGGAACAGGCAGUCAACUGAACAGGUUGCUCCUCCUGCGCCAGCAAAUGAUCGCAUAGGGUAUGGUGGUCCGCCCGGUGGGUCUCGAUGGGCUGGAGGUGGUGCUGCCGGUGGUGGUUACCGGACAGAUGCAGGGCGUCCUGGCUAUGGAUACGGGGGACGAGGAGGAGGUGGUUGGAACAAUAGAAGUGGAGGGUGGGACCGUAGGGAACGGGAAGUUAAUCCGUUUGGUGAUGAUGCUGAGAUAGAACAACCGUUCACUGAGCAGGAGAAUACAGGCAUUAACUUUGAUGCCUACGAGGAUAUUCCAGUUGAGACAAGUGGGGAUAAUGUGCCUCCUCCUGUCAAUACGUUCGCUGAGAUAGAUCUUGGGGAGGCUCUGAACCUAAAUAUUCGGAGGUGCAAAUAUGUGAAGCCAACGCCUGUGCAGCGUCAUGCAAUCCCAAUAUUGCUCACAGGGAGGGAUUUGAUGGCUUGUGCACAGACUGGAUCUGGGAAGACCGCUGCCUUUUGCUUUCCCACAAUUAGUGGAAUUAUGAAAGAGCCAUAUGUACAGCGACCGCGUGGUUCACGUACAGUCUACCCUCUUGCAGUCAUCCUCUCACCAACAAGAGAAUUGGCAUGCCAGAUUCAUGAUGAAGCCAGAAAGUUCUCCUAUCAAACCGGUGUGAAAGUUGUUGUUGCCUAUGGAGGAACACCAAUUAACCAGCAGCUCCGAGAGCUCGAGAGGGGAGUUGAUAUUCUUGUGGCUACUCCUGGACGGUUAAAUGAUUUGCUUGAGAGAGCUAGAGUCUCGUUACAGAUGAUUAGAUUUUUAGCUCUCGAUGAGGCAGAUAGGAUGCUGGACAUGGGUUUUGAACCACAAAUAAGAAAGAUUGUUGAGCAGAUGGACAUGCCUCCACGUGGAGUUCGGCAGACAAUGUUGUUCAGUGCUACUUUUCCAAGAGAGAUUCAGAGACUUGCGUCUGACUUCCUAUCAAACUAUAUAUUUUUGGCCGUGGGAAGGGUUGGUUCAAGUACUGAUUUAAUUGCCCAAAGAGUAGAGUUUGUUCAUGAGUCUGACAAGAGAAGCCACCUUAUGGACCUGCUUCAUGCCCAGAGAGAGAAUGGCAUCCAAGACAAGCAAGCUCUGACAUUGGUUUUCGUGGAGACAAAGAAGGGAGCCGACUCAUUGGAACACUGGCUGUGCAUGAAUGGGUUUCCAGCAACCUCCAUUCACGGCGAUAGAUCACAACAGGAAAGAGAAGUGGCGCUGAGGUCAUUCAAGAGCGGGAGGACUCCCAUUCUGGUUGCAACCGACGUCGCAGCACGUGGCCUCGACAUUCCUCACGUGGCUCACGUUGUGAACUUUGACCUACCGAAUGACAUAGACGACUACGUCCACCGCAUCGGAAGAACGGGGCGAGCAGGCAAGUCGGGACUGGCAACCGCCUUCUUCAACGAGAACAACUUGUCGAUGGCCAGGCCGCUAGCUGAUCUGAUGCAAGAAGCGAACCAGGAGGUGCCCGCAUGGCUCACUCGGUACGCGUCUCGGGCUUCGUACGGAGGUGGUAAGAACCGGCGGUCAGGUGGGCGGUUCGGUGGCCGUGACUUCAGAAGGGAAGGCUCUUUCGGUAGAGGCGGUGGUGGUGGCGGUGGAGAUUACUAUGGAGGAGGUGGAUAUGGGGGGCCGGGCCAGGGUGGCGGCGGCUAUGGCUCGGGAGGAGCGAGCAGCGCCUGGGACUAAGGCUCUCUCUCAAAAAAUUUUCUAUGGUUUUAACCCUAAACUAUCUACUUUCUUUUCGUCAAUAUAAUUUUCCAAGAGAGCAUGUCGUGUAUUGCCCUUCUUCAGAUUUCAGAGUUGGAUACAUAUCUAAUGUCAGCUAGGUGAAUAUCUCUCUUUCUUUUGGGUUUGGUUUUUUUUUUUUUUUUUUUUUUUUUCAAGUAGUGGUGUUUCCGAUUUUGGUCCAAAUUUUUUGCCCUGUCCUUGUUGGUUUCUUCUAACCAUGUCGUCAUUUGCCA